AUGAAGCAUUUAGCUUUCUGUCAUAAGUGGGGCGUUUUAGCUGUGCUCAGUUCAAUAUUGCUCUUGGUCGGUGUGUUAGCGGCAGAAAAACGAUCGUAUUUUGGAUGUUACGAACGCGAUCGUUUCGCACGAUUGGCUCUAACGACGGAAAACCUGGACGUAUGCGUCGACAACUGCGAGAACACGUACCAUAGGUAUGCGGUACUUUCCGGGUCACGGUGCAGUUGCAUCAAUACGAUACAAACGCGUGUUCUGCAGGAUCGCGAAUGUGAUCUGCCAUGCAGUGAGCAACCGGAAAAUAAUUGCGGUGGCGUAAACGCGCAGGCAGUGUACGAAACGGGCAUCGAAGUUGCCGGACCUGUGCAGAACCUUCGCAUCAACGGUGAGCAGAGGGAGGAUACUAUUUCGAUCCUGUGGGAUCUGCCGCCCAGCGACGGCGUGAUGGUGGAAGAGUUUGAAAUCAUUGCCGAAGUAUCGCGCACCUACGCCAGCUACCGGAUACACGUGGCCCGUUGGUCGGUGCACAACAUCUCGACUGGGUUUGAGCUUUCCAACCUGAACCCCGGAACCGAGUAUAACGUAACGGUGGUGUCAGUCUCAGCCAAAGGUGACGGUGGACGGGCUAGCAUUGUCGGUAGUACGGAAAUCGGACGUCCCGAUCCGGAACCAGAAGAGCCGAUCAUUUUGCGUCGGUUCGAGUCCACCAUUCAAAUACAGAUUCCGCGGGCGACGAACAACAACGGGCCAGUUAAUUACUACCGCGUGGUGGUACAUUAUGUUAACAGUGAGCUGAUUCAACAGAUCGACGAAACACAGUUGAACACGUUCCAAAAAUCGAAAGAAAACAAGGUGCCGUACUAUAUAGCGGCUGAGCUUGAGAUGAAAGAUGAAGAUUCGUUGCUAUUUACCGUGGGCGAUGGGAGGGAGUAUCGGAGUUAUUUCAACCCGCCCAUUACGGCGCGCACGCAUGUGCACAUUUCCAUCGGUGUAGUCAGCAUUCUCAAUCACGUUGUGAAGGUUCGGUAUGCCACGACAACGCAUGAGCAGCAUCAGUACCCAGAUCAUCAUCAUGUGAACUUGAAAACGGUCGAACUUGAACGAAACGAAACCCUCAUCACUAUCCUGACUGUUGCCUGCAUUUUGUUUGGCAUUGUUCUCACGGCAGCCAUUAUUCUGUACGUGUAUCUGCAUUUUAAAACGCCAACAGCCAACACGCGGCCCUUUGGGGACCACCACGAGCUGACGCUGCAGGGCCCUAUUCUGGAGGUAGAGAACAGCGGCUACAUGCCGGACAUCUACGAGCAGCGUGGAUUCGAAGCGGAACUGCGCGACAUCAUUGACGGUUUAGAUCCGUCGAAGAAUCACGCUCGGAAAUUCCUGAGUCUGGACAUCAACCGGAUACUGGGUAGCGGAAAGUACGGGGACGUUUUGCUCGGCGCGCUGCAAUGGCAAGAGCAAGACAUGCCGGCACAAGUACACGUCAUCACGGACGACAUGGAGAGCGUGGAUCAAAUCGCGUUUUUAAACGAAUUUCGGCGAAUAACAGCGCUAGAAGAGCAUGCAAACGUUAUCCUUUUCUACGGUGUGUGCGUAACGCCCGACUGGUGCUACGUGCUGUUUGAACAAAUGCAAACUACCCUGAAGCAGACGCUGCUAAACGCACGAGUUCCGAUCAACGCUAACGGUGCAAAGUUUUCGACCAUUUCUGAGGAGAUCGUGGUGAACAUCCUAUGUCUGGUGUGCGAUGGCAUGCAAUUUUUGGCCGAUAGCAACAUCGUCAGUAAAAAACUGUGUGCCCGUACCGUAUACGUGAACACCAAAUUUGAGGUGAAGGUGAGCGCAUUCGGACCACCGCUGUAUGCCGAGGAUACUGGAGCGGCGAUUGCGAUCACACGCUGGCACGCGCCGGAGGUAAUCAAAUUCCAAAAUCACUCUGCGAAAAGUGACGUUUGGUCGUUUGGCUUGCUGAUCUGGGAAUGCUGCUGCCUUGGUGCCACUCCUUACGGGACGACGACGACGGACAAUCUUUUCCCGGUGAUUCGCGCCGGUCAAAAGCCAGAGCGACCCGCGUUCAUGUAUGAGGAUUUGUAUCAACUCUGCCUGAACUGCUGGGAUCUGGAUGCAAACGACAGGCCCAGUUUUGAUGACAUGCGUCGCUAUUUGCGACAGACGCUACCAAUGCUCCGGUACUUACUUUCAUUCGAACGUAAGCAGGGCAUCCAACUGCCACCGUAUUUACCUCACCUGGAGGCGAUAGGUUAGUAAAAAUGUGUGAAAAUUGACCAGUAUUUAGAGCAACAUAAUUCCGUCCCGAUUGAAAAUGCAAGCGCUUAAGAUCACAAUGAAGUGCUUGAUGUGUUUCAUUCUUAUUUAAUAAAAAAACUUUAUAUUUUAAUAUAUUUACAAUUGUUUA